UCCAAAUCAAUUCGGAUCAUUCGUUAUGUCUUUUUGUUAUUUUGGAUGCUUCAAGCAUUUAGGGCCAGUGUAUUUUUGAUGCGUUUUACCGCGUUCCAGUACAGUUCUGUGCACAAAAAAAUGCAGCCUGUUCUACUUUUUUUUCUGCAACCAGAACGCACUGGAACUGCAAGCACUGAUGUGAACUAUGACCCUGACAACCAUAUCACCUACUUUCUGUGCGUUUUGGAAGCAGAAAAAAAGCAACUCAAACGCAUGUAGUGUGAACUGGCCCUUAAGGUAACUGAGUUUGCUGG